UCUCACAUCACAAUGGUGGGUUUACGAAGUUAUAGGUCAUUGUUACUGUGCGUGACAAGGUGAGUACCUGUUACUCAGUGUCACAUAUGUCACUAAAGGACCAGAACCAGUUCUUGGAGUAUUGGGGCUGAUUCACAUGUGACCAACAAGAUGACGACUGAGAAGAACCAAACCUCAGAGAUCUUCACUCUGACUAGGGAGGAACAAAUGGAGUUUGAUGAAGUUGCAGUUUAUUUCUCGGAGGAGGAGUGGGGCUGUUUAACUGAAGAACAAAAAGAGCUUUAUAAGGAUGUGAUGAUGGAGAAUUACCAGAUCCUCAGUUCUCUAGGAUAUGAUCAUGUGAAACCUUUACUUGUUACUAAGAUUGAGCGCAGAGAGGAGCUGUAUGUGAGCAGUUUUCCAGUUACAAAGGUAUACGCAAGAGAGGAACCAUUGGAUGAUACUUUGGAAGAAAAUAGAACAUGCCAGUCCAUACCAUUAGCUGGGUUAUGUUUAGAGGAUAUCAGGAAAAAACUGGAUAAUAUUAAGGUAAAUUCACAAACUGCAAUAAUCUUAGUCAUGGACAGAGUGGAGAUACUUCUUUCAAUCUUUUUCAAAAUCAAAGAAAUCAGAUGGGAAAUGUAUGUUCUGUAUGUGGGAAAUGUUUUAUCUGGAAAUCUCUUCUAAUUAAACAUCAGAAAACCCAUACAGGAGAGAAAGAAUUUUCAUGUUCUGAAUGUGGAAAAUGUUUUACUCAGAAAUCAACUCUAAUGGAUCAUCUGAAAGUUCAUACAGGAGAGAAAGCAUUUUCAUGUUCUGAUUGUGGCAAAUGUUUUACCUGGAGGUCAGCUCUUAAUAAACAUCAGAAAAUUCAUACAGGAGAGAAAGGAUUUUCAUGUUCUGAAUGUGGGAUAUCUUUUACUUGGAAAUCAUAUCUUAUUAACCAUCAGAAAAUUCAUACAGGAGAGAAAGUGUUUUCAUGUUCUGAUUGUGGAAAGCGUUUUAAUCGGAAGUCACAUCUUAUUGCUCAUCUGACCACUCAUACAAGAGAAAAAUCAUUUUCUUGUAUAGAAUGUGGAACAUAUUUUACUCGGAAAUCAUCUCUUAUUAGACAUCAGACAAUUUAUAAAGGGGAGAAAGAAUUUUCAUGUUCUGAAUGUGAAAAAUAUUUUACUCAGAAAUCAUCUCUUAUUAGGCAUCAGAAAAUUCAUACUGGGGAUAACAAAUUUUUAUGUUCUGAAUGUGGAAAAUAUUUUACUCAGAGGUCAACUCUUAUUAGGCAUCAGAAAAUUCAUACAGGGAAGAAAGAAUUUUCAUGAAUGUGGCAAAUGAUUUAACCGUAAAUCAAAUCUUGUUGCUCAUCAGAAAACUCACAUGAAAGAAAGCAUUUUCAUGUUCUGAAUGUGGGAAAUAUUUUACCCUGAAAGGAUAUCUUUUUAGUCAUCAGAAAAUUAAUUUAACAUAAAUUACGGCUUAACCACUUAAAUGCACAGGGCGACACACAAUAUCUAGAGUGCUGAUGAUUCGUCCUUUUGGGAGCUCAAGUGGUUAUGAGAGGUGGCCAAGUUUGUUUGUCAUCCCCGGGGGGGCAUAUGGGUUUCCUAUAUAGGUUUGAAUAGUCAAGUGAUCACCUGGUAUGUUUGAGUAGAGAGUUAUAGAAGGGAGCCCUUAUGUGCAGAUCAAAGUUCUAUAAAUAUACCCCAAAACCCUUAUUUAUGUUGAUAAAUCAUUAUUUAUUGAGGGUAUUCUAGUCAGGUGAUCACUGAGGUGACAGUAUUUCCCUAGGUGGAAUUUUAAUUGACCAGUUGUAUAGGUGUACAUGCUGAAGUCCCUAUGUUAAAAUCAAACAUGUAAGAGGCAUCCAAAAGCUCUUAUUUGUAUUAAAAUAGCCCUUUGUCUGUAUAAAAUGCAUUGUACUGAAAUGUACUUUUGAUUUGCUAAUUAAUUAAAUGGAAAAACACUAAAUGAUUCUUAAUUCUGCUUAUAUAAGAAAAGGUUUUACUAAUACAAUGAUAGAUCCACAAAAGUUUUAGAGUUAAGAAAAAACACUGUAUUGUUUACAAUCUGGUAAUGGUGAUAGAUGACGCAGGUCUGUUUAGAUGAUUUUUCUCUAGUAAAUGAAGAGAAAAAGGCUUGACGUGUAUAUAAAAGCCAAUUAAUAUUGGUGCAGUAUACUCACUCCAUAAGUUGUAUGUGAUCAGCUGAACUGGAAUGUAGCAACAGGUGGCAAGAGUCCACAGGAUUCUAGUGUCAAAUGCCAAUCUUCCAAAAAGUAUCCAAAUACUAGACUGGGAAUGAAUGGAAACCCAAGUGACAAAGAUAUCCAAUGUAAAAUGGAAAAAAUUUAACUUACUCCAUAUAAAAGGAGAAUCUGGCCCGGCACAGCAAAGAAAGAUAUUAACAAUCUUUCAACUUAGGUAAAAGAAGGUUUUAUUUGCUCUAAGCAAUCUAUCACCAUUACCAUAUCUCUAUACAGUCACAGAGGAGAGACUGCAAGAAGGCUGCGGUCUAAUCUAAAGGAGAGUAUCAGUUCUUAGUUCAUUUGUUACAGAAUAUUGUGUUUUUUUCCAAUAUUGUGUUUUAUUUCAUCUGACACUUCUGUAUACUGUUUGUGUUUUAUAUUGUUUACAACCUGUUUGUAACAAAACGUGUGACAUUCAUCUUUUUAUUGUAAUUUUAAAGGGACAGUCAAGUCCCAAAAAACUUUCAUGUUUCAAUAGGGCAUGUAAUUUUAAACAACUUUCCAAUUUACUUUUAUCACCAAUUUUGCUUUGUUCUCUUGGUAUUCUUAGUUGAAAGCUAAACCUAGGAGGUUCAUAUGCUAAUUUUUUAGACCUUGAAGGCCGCCUCUAAUCUAAAUACAUUUUGAUAGUUUUUCACCACUAGAUGGCAUUAGUUCACUUGUUUCAUAUAGAUAACAUUGAGCUCAUGCACGUGAAUUUACCAUGGAUGCAGCUCUGAUUGGCUAAAAUGCAAGUCUGUCAAAAGAACUGAAAUAAGGGGGCAGUCUGCUGAGGCUUAGAUACAAGGUAAUUAAAGAGGUAAAACGUGUAUAAUUCUAACUGUGUUGGUUAUGCAAAACUGGGGAAUUGGUAAUUAAGGGAUUAUCUAUCUUUUAAAACAACAAAAAUUCUGGUGUUGACUGUCCCUUUAACAGUUUUCUCACAUUAUGAUAUUUACAUACAGUUAUGGUACAGUCUGAAUCUUCUGGGUCUGCUAAAAAAGAAAACAACAUAUAGUUUGUGUGGGUUUCUCAAUGAAAAAUUACUUCUAGUAGUGCUUGAAUGUGAGCAGCAUCUAAAUGUUCCAAAACAAAUCAGCACAGGGGUGGGAAAUGGUUCAGCAGCUAAGGGGUUAAAUGGACAUUAAACACUUUGUGAUUGUAAUAUAAAAUCUUUAAUUAUGUGAAUUAAAACUACUUUGCAAUAUA